AUGAACCUGGGCGGAUACUUCGGGGGAGAUCCAUCAGGGAGUGCCUCGAGCCUCCAGAACAAAGCAUUCCCGCAGAGGAGACCCUCCAACCGAGACGAAUUUGAUGGUCCUUCCCAGCUCCUCGACAAGCCCGACGAUCAGGGCUUCGAACCCAAAGAAGAAGAUCUACCACAGCUGCCCAUCACCCUCUAUGCCCAAGAACAAGACGAAAUCCUCUCCAAAGUCAACGACCGCCUCUCGCAGUGCGCCUACGACUUCGUGGCGAAAUAUCAGUUCCCCAUUCCGAUCGAGCCCGACAAGCGCCCGGUGCGUGUUCCUGGCGACCGUGAAUGGUCGGAGUGGGUCUAUCUCCUCAAGCGACUUGCAACCAAGCGACGCAUCCCCGCCCGCGUGCUCUACAACGGUCAGAUCAAACAGCUCAUCACGAUUCUCGAGAACAGCCUGGAAAUGCGGCAUGCGGCCAAGCAUCAGUCCCGCCCGCUCAAGGACGACAGAAACAUUCUCCAGCUCAUCAGUUCCGGCUUACAGGUUGCGAAGAUUUUGAAGGACGCUCCCGCCAUGCAGUACUUGGACAGUCUGUACAUUCAGACUGAGAGGUUGAUUCAGAGCCGGAGAGGCCCGGCGCCGGCAGCUUCGUACAAUGCCUUGUGA